AUGAAGAUCUUCCUGUCAACUUCUCUUCUUGCCCUGCUCAGCGCCUGGGUUUGCGCCGCUGAGGACAUCCUCCCUGUCCCUACGAGCUGCAAUGCCUACUUCAGGUUCAGGAAAUGCUACACUGAGACAGUCACAGCCCUGCCCACCUGCAUCAGACACUGCCCCAUGAUCCCAGAUAUGGUGUGUCCACAGAUGGUCAAGCUCAAGACCAAGCAUGUGCCGUGCCACACGCCCACGAUCACCAAGUCGGCUCCUUGCCCACCUUGCCCUACCGGCUGUGUCAUUCCCACGUCUACCAUUACUUCAACCCGCAGCUGCCGGCCAAAGAAGCAUCACGAGUCCGAGCCGCCGGAGACGAAACAUCACAAGUCUGAAGAGCCGAAGACGAAGCAUCACGAAUCGGAGGCGCCAGAGUCAAAGCAUCACAAGUCCGAGGAGCCGAAGACAAAGCAUCACCACAAGUCAGAGGCUCCAACUCCGGCCCCAACCUCCGCGUGA